UUUAUCUGACAGAAACCCCAUGCCAGAACAGAUGACAGUCAUAUCCACCUGGAGUUUAGAGGUGUCAACAUCAGCGGCUACAGAUACACUCUCAUGAACGGCAUUGGAUUUCCUGAAAACCGGUAUUCAUGACAUGUCAGUUGCAUGUAAAGAAGUGAAGACAUGAUGAAUGGAGAAACAAAGAUUCAUGCUCUGUCAGAGAGUGUAACUUUGGAGGACACAGAAAAAGGAGGGGUCGUCGUCACAGGAACCACGAAUCCAGCGAUUAACCUGUUCGAAGAUGAUCAGUUGGUUGCUGCAACCAUUCAUCUGGACCACCUCAGUAAAGAUGAAGUGCUAAACCUGAUCAGAAUCCUCAAGCCCUAUGACAAGAACCUUGAACUUAAGACAGCAAAGGAUCUGAAAGCAGGACUGUCUCUUGGUGAUCUCCGAUUAAACAGUGAGGCAGGACUUCAAGCACCAGGCGUUCAGGUUAAUGGGCUGAAAGGACAGAUAAAUGCCCCAAGCCUUAAGGGUGGCAUCUCAACCCCUGCAGUAAAUGCAGAAAUGCCACAGAUUGAGCUAAAGAAUGCCACACCUAACUUCAGCCACCUGGGGUUUAAACAGCCAACUUUUGGCAUGUCUGCACCAAAUCUCAAAGGAGCAGGUCUGGAUGGUACAUUAGAAGCACCUGAUGUCAGUGUCUCUACCCCUACUCUCAACACCCCAGAUGUUUCUGUUAAUGUGGACAAGCCUGAACUGAAGACCAAAAAACCCAAGUUCAAAAUGCCCACCUUCAGUCUACAUGCUAAAAAACCAAGGAUUGAUGGUGAUAUGAAUUUAACCGCCCCAGACAUAAAUGCUGACCUAAAAACCCCUGAUCUGAAUCUGUCAGCCCCAAAGAUUAAUGGAGAAAUUGGCACCCCUGAAGUAGACAUGACCUUGCCAAAAACUGAGCUCAGUUGUCCAAACCUGGACAUCGAAACACCAAAAGCUAAUAUUGAAGCUCCCUCUGGCAAGAUUAAAUUUCCUAAAUUAAAGAAAGCAAAAACUACAAAAGUGAAAGUACCAGAGGUGAGUGUUGAUACAAAUCUUUCUGCCCCAAAAUUAAAUGCAGAUGUUAGUGCACCAAAUGUUGACACUGAUCUGCCAAGAGCCAAUCUUGAAGCUCCAGAUGUGGAUAUUAAAACUCCUGAUGUCAAUAUAAAUGCUCCCUCUGGCAAAAGAAAAUGGCCAACAUUUAAGAAACCCACAUUUGGGCAGAAGGUUAAAGCACCAGAGGUUGGCUUAGAUGUCUCAACACCUGAUUUAAGUCUCUCAGCACCAAACAUAGAUGGGGAUAUCAGCAUCCCAAAUGCAGAUGUCAAUUUACCAAGGGCUGAUGUUGAUGUAAAAGCACCUGACGUAAACAUUAAUGCUCCGUCUGCAAAGUACAAGUUCCACACUCUUAAAAUGCCAAAGCUAAACUUGCAUAAAUCAAAGCUGAAAACUCCAGAUCUAAAUGCAGAGGUACAAGCACCAGACUUGGGCAUGUCAGCUCCUGGGGUAGAUAUUAAUCUGCCAAAAGCUGAACUAGAUGGACCGAAUCUAGAUGUCAAGACACCAGACCUCAACCUCUCUGCAUCAGAUCUAGAUAUUAAAACUCCAGCUGUUGAUGUGACAACACCAGAUAUUGACAUAGAAACUCCAUCUGCAAAGUUAAAGAAGCCCCAUGUUAAACUGCCUAAAAUAAAUCUAUCUGGGCCAAAAAUGAAAGGUCCAGAUGUAGACCUCAAUGCACAGGCAGAUCUCCAUGGACCGAACCUAGAUGUGAAAGCUCAAGAUCUCAGUCUUUCAGCACCCAAAGUGGAUGGUAAAUUGAGUGCUCCAGAUGUGGAUCUAAACUUGCCAGAUGUUAACGUCAAAAGUCCAAAUGUAGACCUUGAAGUCCCAGACAUUGACAUAAAUGCUCCUAAAGUAGACAUUGAUGCCCCCUCUGGCAAAGCCAAGCUACCUCACUUUAAGAUGCCUAAAUUUGGUCUUUCUGGACCUCGGGUUAAAACCCCAAAUCUAGAUGCACCUGAUGUAGAUGUGAAUAUCCCCUCAGCAGAACUCAAAGGACCUAAUGUAGAUGUUAAAGCACCCGAUCUUAGUGUUUCCACACCUAAAUUUGAAGGUGACAUUUCUGCUCCCUCUUUAGACAUUGGCCUGCCAAAAGCCAACUUGAAUGCUCCAACUGCAAACAUUGGGGGAAAUCUAAAGUCACCAAAUCUCAAUCUCUCCACCCCAGAUGUAGACUUAGACUUGCCAAAAGCAGAGCUUGAAGGACCUGAUGCUACCCUUAAAGUCCCAGAUGUUGACAUUAAUGCGCCAUCUGGAAAAAUGAAGUUGCCACAUUUCAAUUUGCCAAAACUGAAUUUCUCUGGGCCAAAAGUUAAAGGGCCUGAGCUGGAAGCUAACGCAGAUCUAGAUCUCUCAGUUCCCAAACUCAAAGGAGAAUUAAAUGCACCUAGUGUUGACCUAAAUCUUCCCAAAGCUGAGAUCAGUGUGCCUGAUGUAAAUGCAACUUUACCAAAAGCUGAGGUCAGCGUUCCCAAUCUAGAUAUCAAGUCCCCAAACUUAGAGGCUCCAUCUGGAAAGUUGAAACCGAUUACAUUUAAGAAACCAAAAAUUGACCUUUCUGGUCCAAAAGUGAAGACACCUGAGAUUGACUUAAAUACAGAAGCUCCUGAUCUCAGCCUCUCAGCUCCAAGUGUUGAUGCAGAUGUCAAAGUGCCAGAUGCUGAUAUAAACCUUCCCAAAGCAGAUGUUGACCUCAGUGCUCCCAAAGGAAAGUUGAAAUUCCCAACACUCAAAAAGUUCAAUCUAUCUGGUCCAAAAGUCAAAUCUCCUGAUGUUGACAUUGCCGCUGAUGUACAUGGACCAGAUUUGAACCUAUCUGCACCUGGGGUUGGUACCCCUGAUGUUGACGCGAGUCUACCAAAUGCUGGGGUUGAUUUAGAUGUUCCCACAGCAGACGUUGACAUCAGUGCUCCCAAAGGAAAGUUGAAAUUUCCAACACUCAAAAGGUUUAACCUGUCUGGUCCAAAAGUCAAAUCUCCUGAUGUUGACAUUGCUGCUGAUGUAAGUGGACCAGACCUAAAUCUAUCUGGACCUGGAAUUGGUAGUCCUGAUAUUGAUGUGAGUCUCCCAAAAGCUGGGGUUGAUGUAGACGUUCCCACAGCAGACGUUGACAUCAGUGCUCCCAAAGGAAAGCUGAAAUUCCCGGGACUCAAAAAGUCAAACCUAUCUGGUCCAAAAGUCAAAUCUCCUGAUGUUGACAUUGCUGCUGAUGUAAGAGGACCAGAUCUGAACCUAUCCGCACCUGAGGUUGGUACUCCUAAUAUUGAUGUGAGUCUACCAAAAGCUGGGGUUGAUGUAGAUGUUCCCACAGCAGACGUUGACAUCAGUGCUCCCAAAGGAAAGUUGAAAUUCCCAACACUCAAAAAGUUCAACCUAUCUGGUCCAAAAGUCAAAUCUCCUGAUGUUGACAUUGCUACUGAUGUAAGAGGACCAAAUCUGAACCUAUCUGCACCUGAGGUUGGUACUCCUGAUAUUGAUGUGAGUCUACCAAAAGCUGGGGUUGAUGUAGAUGUUCCCACAGCAGAUGUUGACAUCAGUGCGCCCAAAGGAAAGGUGAAAUUCCCAACCAUCAAAAAGUUUAACGUUUCUGGUCCAAAAGUCAAAUCUCCUGAUGUCGACAUUGCUGCUGAUGUAAGUAGACCAGAUCUGAACUUAUCUGCUCCUGGGGUUGGUACUCCUGAUGUUGACGUGAGUCUACCAAAUGCUGGGCUUGAUGUAGAUGUUCCAGGCAUCAAUGCUGAAGUUGAGGGCUCCAAGCGUAGGGUAAAAUGGCCAUUCAAAUGGCGAAAAUCUACUGAAUCAAAGGAUGAGGAUAUAAACAUUAAAGCACCAGAAUUAAAUGGUACCACUGGAGAAAUGAAACUCCCCAGAAAUAUACCAUUGUUCAAGCCUCACCCCCUACCUGAAAUGAACAUUGACAGUAUCUUACAAGAACUCACUGGAGCGGUUGACCUCAGUACUGACCCUACAAAAACAACUACUGACACAGUUGACUCGGUCUCGUCAGUCAAGACAAAUCUUAAAGCUUCUCCUCCGUCUGCUGGGGUCAAUGGACAAACAGCUACUGUAGAUAUCCAGGAAAGGCUGAGGUUGUCUAAUGCACGUACUACAAGCCCAGAUUUCGGCAUUUCUUCAGAACCAGACAGCCCUAAAGUGAAUAGAGGAACAUUUAGUGUCACAAAGCCUGAUGCUGAAAAUUGCGUAAUUCAUACAACUUGCAACGAAGAUGAUGCCAAGAUUACUCUCAGCUUGAACAACAUGCUUGGUUUGCCAACAGACUAAACUUUAAAUAUAUAACUAAUGUUAGUUUAGUUCCAUACCAACUGCAUAGUUAAUACAUAUAUAAAACAAUACAUAAAAAAAUACACCUCCAACUCCAAGUAUUGACAGAGAAGCAUUAUAGAAUUUGACAGAGAUGUAAUUAUUUUUAUAUUCAGCUAUAUACAUAAUUCUAUAAAGUUCUCUUUAAAUGUGCAAUGAUUGUAUCUUCUCAAAACAUGAAGGAAAAUAUGAUGAAUCAGUAAUUCUGUCUAUUUUGUCACUAUUUUAUGUAAUAAUAUCUAAUAUAUAGUCUUUUGUUUAUACUUAUUUCCAUUCCAGUUUUAUAUAUAUA